AUGGCAUCAGAGUGGUUUGAAAGAAAAAUACGCUAUUUAAGUGACAUUACUAAUGAAAGUGAGCUGAAAGAUGAGUUGGAAGCGAUUGAAAUAAAAUUAAAAAGUUUAACAUCAUUGGAAUUGAAGACUGUUGCUACUAAUUUGGAUUAUUCCCGGCUUUUUUGUCAGCUAACCUCCAAUCAUGAAAGCAGAGAGAUUGUUGAACGAGUAUGCAAUAUCUGUAUGACAUUAUUCAGCGUGUUGGAACCUGGUGAAAUUUUCCAGCGUCAUCCAGCAGAUUUAAUGGAGCAUUUGUCUCACCAGGAGUCAUGUGUCAAAAGCCUGAUUUUAAGCGAACUGAAGAAAGUAGCUGCGUCAAAGUCAUCUCAAUUAAUUGCAGACAUAAAUUUAUUGAAUACUAUUGUCCAGCGGAUUGGGGACCAGGAUAUCGGAGUUGCUAAGCAGGCAAUGGAUGUCAUAAAAAAGGUCGGUGGUGACCUAGCAGGAGCUAAAGCGCUUUACAGCGGGAUUUUACUGCGUACUAUCGCUAAGUUGGUUUCAAGAAACGACGAGAUAAGCUUCAGAGUUUAUGAAGUAAUUGUUGACAUUGCAAAAUCUUCGAAAGAAUGCCUUGAAGCUUCAGUGAGCUCCGGCUUACUUGAUAGUCUAAUUAAUAUCCUAGCGAAUGACGACGUUCUGCUGCAGCUUAAUGCUCUCGAGGCUCUGACAGACCUCGCGACGUACGACCAGGGUCUGAAUUAUCUUGAGCAGCGAGAAAUAUUGAACGAUCUGAAUAAAAAGAUCUCAAACCCGGACGAGAACGCGCUCUCGAACCUCUUGAUCCCCGGGCUAAUGAAGUUCUUUGGCAGCGUGGCUAAAAAUCGACCCGACGAAAUAUUCACUAAGUAUCCGAAUGUCGUUUAUUCUCUGUUCGAGUUAAUCGAAACGACUGAUGAUAAUAUUUUACUGAUAAACGCCUUGGAUACUUUGGGCUACGUCGCGUCGACAAUUGACGGUAAAUAUGCGCUGCAAAAUUUAGGAAAGCCAAUGGAGCUGGCAAUGAAUAAAAUCGCUGUAAUUAUUAAUAAAAUGCCCACGGAAGUUCGGCUCCGUGCGUUAGAUAAUUUAUCUCUGAUCUUGCACGUCGAACCGUCGAAGCAAAAUAAUCGCAUAAGCUCGUUAAUAAAAUCGUGGUUUGGUUUUCUUGGUGAUGAUCCAAUGAAAAUAAUUGUCGAGUUGUGUAAGCAACCGUUUCCUGACAUUAAACAAGCUAGUUUGAAAGUACUACUCGAAAUAGCGUCUCAUCCGUGGGGCCAGCAGUACAUUGCUUCUUACCCGGGUCUUACAGAAUUUUUAUUAAAUAGAAAUUCCGAAGCUUUUAAAGAGUGUAAAGAAUUGAAAUUUGAUAUUGUUAAAUGUCUUGUUGGUUUUGAUGGGUUUGACAAUGCGACAAUGCAAAAAGUACAAAGUUUUAUUACCGAAGGUCCGUUCUUUGUUGACGUUGAAAUGGAGGUUGCUGUCGACGGUUCAUAA